AUGUGGGAAGAUGGGCUGUGCUCUCCAAAUCAGCUGAGCGACCAGCAGGUUCCAUAUCAAGGUGAGACCUGUAUAGAGAGGGCGUUAACAAUGAAAGGAUCCAGCGAGCAUGGCGAGACCUCGAAGGCGGCGCCCCUGGGCAGGGGUGUCAGCAAAGGAGUGUCCGUGCUUGAUCUCAUACUUCGCUUCAUCGCCAUCAUCGGCACCCUUGCUAGUGCCAUUGCAAUGGGCACCACCAACGAAACGCUGCCUUUCUUCACACAGUUCAUCCGCUUCAAGGCGCAGUACAGUGAUCUCCCUACUCUCACGUUCUUUGUUGUGGCAAAUUCUAUUGUCUGCGUCUACCUCAUCCUUUCGCUCCCACUAUCUAUAGUGCACAUCAUCAGGAGCAGGGCUAAAUACAGCAGGCUGCUCUUGAUCUUUCUUGACGCGGCAAUGCUAGCAUUGGUGACUGCGGGAGCAUCUGCAGCGGCGGCUAUUGUGUACCUAGCACACAAAGGCAAUGUCAGGGCGAACUGGCUUGCCAUCUGCCAGCAGUUUGACUCAUUCUGCGAGCGAAUCUCUGGAUCCCUCAUUGGUUCGUUCGGAGCCAUGGUUAUGCUGAUACUGCUGAUAUUACUCUCCGCCAUUGCCCUAGCCAGGCGCUAG